AUGAACGUUGUGGUUGCAAACGCCACUUUGCGUAUUGGUUUAACGUCCUUGAGAACUUUGAUUGGUGGAGACUUUUCAUGUUUAGGCGGUGGAGCAGUAUACGAGGUAGAAGUGGACGUGCCAGAACUGACAGAGUCUGACCGAGUAGCCGGUUCUGACUCUUUAUUUCUGGAAAUUCUCAAAAGAGAGCCCAGAACACCUUCCUUCGACUCUUUGUGGCCUGAUGAUCCGACUUCAGCCGGCUUGUCAUAUUUCGGAUGCAGUGCGAAAGCACUUGGCAAUUUUGGUUUAUCAGGAUGA